AUGGACUCAGCUCUGAGGGGGAGUGGGGACAUGGUGCCUGUGGGCCUCUGGAGGGUAGAGAAUGGACUCAGCGCUGAGGGGGAGUGGGGACAUGGUGCCUGUGGCCUCUGGAGGGUAGAGAAUGGACUCAGCUCUGAGGGGAGUGGGGACAUGGUGCCUGUGGCCUCUGGAGGGUAGAGAAUGGACUCAGCUCUGAGGGGGAGUGGGGAGAUGGUGCCUGUGGGCCUCUGGAGGGUAGAGAAUGGACUCAGCGCUGAGGGGGAGUAGGGACAUGGUGCCUGUGGGCUCUGGAGGGUAGAGAAUGGACUCAGCGCUGAGGGGGAGUGGGGACAUGGUGCCUGUGGCCUCUGGAGGGUAGAGAAUGGACUCAGCGCUGAGGGGGAGUGGGGACAUGGUGCCUGUAGCCUCUGGGGGGGUAGAGAAUGGACUAAGUGCUGAGGGGGAGUGGGGACAUGGUGCCUGUGGUCUCUGAAGGGUAGAGAAUGGACUCAGCGCUGAGGGGGAGUGGGGACAUGGUGCCUGUGGGCUCUGGAGGGUAGAGAAUGGACUCAGCGCUGAGGGGGAGUGGGGACAUGGUGCCUGUGGGCUCUGGAGGGUAGAGACUGGACUCAGCGCUGAGGGGGAGUGGGGACAUGGUGCCUGUGGCCUCUGGAGGGUAGAAAAUGGACUCAGCGCUGAGGGGGAGUGGGGACAUGGUGCCUGUGGCCUCUGGAGGGUAGAGAAUGGACUCAGCGCUGAUGGGGAGUGGGGACAUGGUGCCUGUGGGCUCUGGAGGGUAGAGAAUGGACUCAGCGCUGAUGGGGAGUGGGGACAUGGUGCCUGUGGGCUCUGCUACUACUGCUGCUGCUGCUCUGUUCUGCUGCACCGCUGCUAUGGCAACCAGUUUUGUUUGUCUGCUGCUGUUGCUAGCUAGCUCCUGUUUAGCUCAAAAACCAGCAAAAGUUGUGAAAAAUCUUCACACACAAAAACAGAAGAUAUGUUUAAUGUUGGAGUCCGUGCUUCUUUUUGAUUUUCUCAGUUUGGUCGUUUGAUGUAGUUGUAUUAACUCCCCUUGCUAGGUUUGUUAUAGCUUCAUUUUCUGGCUGGCUUGUUAGCCUGCUGGCUAGGUUUUGUUGUGUAGCUAGCUAGUGAGAGUCAAAACUUCUUAAUUUGAGGGGGAAAGUUACUUAUUCUUCUAUUCUGAUUGAAUUGAGUUGUUGUUCAUCACUUCUUGUCUUGAAUUAUUAUUUUUUUGAGUCGAGUGUUUAUCUCAUUCUAAAAACAAAAAACACAGAAAUACAUCAGGACCUCAUGUUGAGCAUGACCUCUCUCUCAAUUCAAUUUCAAUUUCAAUUUCGAUUUCAAUUUCAAUUUCAAUUUAAGGGUUUUAUUGGCAUGGGAAACGUAUGUUAACAUUGCCAAUGCAAAUGAAGUAGAUAGUAAACAAAAGUGAAAUAAACAAUAAAUAUUAACAGUAAACAUUACACUCAGAAGUUUCAAAAGAAUAAAGACAUUUCAAAUGUCAUAUUAUGUAUAUAUACAGUGUUGUAACAAUGUGCAAAUAGUUAAAGUACAAAUGGGAAAAUAAAUAAACAUAAAUAUGGGUUGUAUUUACAAUGGUGUUUGUUCUUCACUGGUUGCCCUUUUCUUGUGGCAACAGGUCACAAAUCUUGCAGCUGUGAUGGCACACUGUGGUUUUUCACCCAGUAGAUAAGGGAGUUUAUCAAAAUUGGGUUUGUUUUCGAAUUCUUUGUGGAUCGCUGUAAUCUGAGGGAAAUAUGUGUCUCUAAUAUGGUCAUACAUUUGGCAGGAGGUUAGGAAGAGCAGCUCAGUUUCCACCUCAUUUUGUGGGCAGUGUGCACAUAGCCUGUCUUCUCUUGAGAGCCAGGUCUGCCUACGGCGGCCUUCCUCAAUAGCAAGGCUAUGCUCACUGAGUCUGUACAUAGUCAAAGCUUUCCUUAAGUUUGGGUCAGUCACAGUGGUCAGGUAUUCUGCCACUGUGUACUCUCUGUUUAGGGCCAAAUAGCAUUCUAGUUUGCUCUGUUUAUUUGUUUGUUCUCUCUCUCUCUCUGUCACUGUCUCUCUGUCACUGUCUCUCUGUAUCUCUCUGUAUCUCUCUCUCUCUCUCUCUCUGUCUCUCUCUGUAUCUCUCUCUCUCUCUCUCUCUCUUUCUCUGUCACUGUCUCUCUGUAUCUCUCUCUCUCUCUCUGUCACUGUCUCUCUCUGUAUAUCUGUCUCUCUCUCUCUGUCACUGUCACUGUCUCUGUCUCUGUCUCUGUCUCUGUCUCUGUCUCUGUCUCUCUCUGUCUCUCUCUCUCUCUCUGUAAGUCUCUGUCUCUCUCUCUCUGUUUCUUUCUGUCUGCUUCUUUCUCUCUCUCUCACUCUACCUAAUUUUCUGUUUUUUUGUCCUUUGUUGGUUUUGAAACAUAAGAAGAAUUGACAGUUUUACUGUAAAUGCUCAGUGAGCAUUGCUCAUUGUAGUUGCAUAUUACCAUUGUUUCAACCAACUAUUGUGAAAGUUAAGGAAAAACUAAUUCAUCCAUAGCAACGUAUUACAGCCCCCCCUAGCAAACUUUUGAAAACGUUUCAGAUUUAGUCAGGUCAUUAAAAUGUUGUUGUUGUUUCAUUAAAUGCGUUUGUUGUUUGUUUAUUCACAGCGGCGUACUGCAGCACCCCCAGCAACCCUCUCAAUGGAACAGUCCACAGUCAGACAGGCACCAAGCUGGGCAGUACCCUGCGCUUCAGCUGUGACCAGGGCUUUCGCCUGAUUGGCCAGAGCAGUGCCACCUGCACCCGCACCCCCCAGGGGAUCUACAUAUGGAACGCACCCGUACCCCUCUGCCAAGGUAAGGACAUGAACCAUAACGAAGGCUUGUGGUUCUCCUUGACAACAAGGCCCAAAGCACCGGGCCUUGUAGUCCAUUCGGUGGGUUCAGAUUUAUGUGCAUAUUUAAUUAAUACAACUAGCUACUGGGAAUUUUUCUGGUGCCUAUUUUGAUGGAAGUGAAUACCACAGAUCAUGGAUGGUCAACUCAGGUCCUUUGGGGCUUCAGUACAAGUUUUCACCUCUCCCUGGGCACUUAAUUGGCCCAAAUUGGUCAAAAUCAGUGGCUGAAUUGAAACCAGCCACUUCAAUACAGUUGGCCGGGCUUUAGACAUAAAGCAAUACUGCAUUGACUGAAACUGAAUAGGUUUAAUGAUUCUACAGUAUUCUUUGCAUUGAUCUAUUCAGAUGUUGAUUGCUUUCUGGUACGCUUUCAAAAUCUCUCAUUCUAUUGCAUAGAAAUGCUCAUGUCAAGGUUUCUAAUGCAUUGAUUCUGCUGUGGGUGGUGUGGGUUCUCUUGAAUUGUAAACAGGGAGUUGUUGACCAUGACUUAACUGAAGAGCUCACGUUAAUAUUUUGUCACAGAAAAGUUACAAACAUUUGGUAUUUCACAAAAUGAAUAGCUUGGAAAUUAAAUAUUGACUUAUUGACUUGCUGGCUAAAGAGAAGUAACAUGAUGUGAAGAUGUCCUUGAGGGGGAUGGAGGAGAAAUGAUUGAAGUGAAUAACAUGCACGAAAAGGUUUAUGGAAUUCAUUUUAAGCCUAAAUUCUGAAAAGUAGUUCACACAUUUAUAUGGAAGAUAUAGAUUGUUUGAUGGAAGAUCUAGAUUGUUUGAUAGAAGAUAUAGAUUGUUUGAUAGAAGAUAUAGAUUGUUUGAUGGAAGAUAUAGAUUGUUUGAUAGAAGAUGUAUAAUGUAUGCCUUCUCUCAGAAAGCAAAACUAAGGUAUUAAAUCGCCUCCCAGCCCUACUCAGGUGAGCAGCUGCGGUGAUGCUGUAUCAACAGUUGCAGCGAUGCUGUAUCAACAACAGCAGUGCAGGUGGAAACUGGCAACAGCGGGGUGGCCAUUGUGUGCUUCCAAAGUCCCACCCUAGUCCCUAAAUACUGCACUACGUUUGACCAGGGCUCUAGUAGGGAACAGGGUGCCCUUUUAAGAGGCAGACAGGUAGUGACGGGGACAAGCUAAUGUUUACUCCACGAUAAUGCCGGUCAGAGUGAGAGCAUGUUGUGAGAGAAGCUCUAUGCACACAGAGAUCUUCUGGAUGGUUUUAUGUUAUGGCCUUUAAACCCUUAUUCCAUCUUGGUUAAAUCCAUAUCUACCCUAGCUCUGUUUUCAAUUUUGCAAAUGCUGGGGAGGGGUCGAGCGCGCAACGAUAGGGAAGGGGUGUUGGAGGUUGGUUGAGAGAGAGAGAGAGACAGCCGAGACGAGAGAGAGAGCGCGAUCGGAGAGAGGAUCGCUCAGCUAUCGCGAUAUCUAUCGAGCGCUAGAGAGCGGUAGUUAUAUAUUUCUCUUAUCUCUCUAGCUCUCUCUCUCUCUCUUUGUUCCUCCUCCCUCCUUCCCUUCCUCUCCCCCAUUCUCUCUCCAGUGAUGGCCUGUGGGAUGCCUAUACCUCCAGUAAACGGUAGUAUAGUCGGGCAGGACUUCACUCUUGGUGCCAGGGCCAUGUACCAGUGCAACCCUGGCUUCAGAUUGGCCAGCCCCCUGGCUGUGUCAGUCGUCUGUCAGUCGUCUGGGAGGUGGAGCCCCAAUGAAGCCCCUCCCCGCUGCAUACGUGAGUAGUCCUCAUCGAUUGGAGACAUAAAUAUAAAAUCAAAUAAAAUCAAAUGCUAUUUGUCACAUGCGCCGAAUACAACAGGUGUAGACCUUACAGUGAAAUGCUUACUUAAAAGCCCUUAACCAACAAUGCAGUUUUAAGAAAGAAUACACAAAGAAAUCACACAAAAAAAUACAAUCUAAAAUAAUAUGAAAUAAAAGUAACAAAUAAUGAAAGAGCAGCAGUAAAAAUAACAGUAGGGAGGCUAUAUACAGGGGGUACCAGUACAGAGUCAAUGUGUGGGGGCACCGGUUAGUCGAGGUAAUUGAGGUAAUAUGUACAUGUAGGAAGAGUUAUUAAAGUGACUAUACAUAGAUAAUAAACAGAGAGUAGCAGCAGCGUAAAAGAGUGGGGGGGCAAUGCAUAUAGUCCGGGUAGCCAUUUGAUUAGCUGUUCAGGAGUCUUAUGGCUUUGAGGGGUAGAACCUGUUUAGAAGCCUCUUGGACCUAGACUUGGCGCUCCGGAACCGCUUGCCGUGCGGUAGCAGAGAGAACAGUCUAUGACUAGGGUGGCUGGAGUCUUCCUCUGACAUAUAUAUAUGCUCAUUGGUUGGAGUUCACAUCCUUGAGUCCUCAUUGGCUGGAGAUCCCUUAUCGUGAGUCCUCAUUGGUUGGAGAUCACUUAUAGUGAGGCCUCAUUGGUUGGAUAUCACUUAUAGUGAGGCCUCAUUGGUUGGAGAUUACUUAUAAUAAUAAUAAUAAUAAUAAUAAUAAUAAUAAUAAUAAUAAUAAUAAUAAUAAUAAUAAUAAUAAUAAUAAUAAUAUGCCAUUUAGCAGACGCUUUUAUCCAAAGCGACUUACAGUCAUGUGUGCAUACAUUUUUACGAAUGGGUGGUCCCGAGCAUCGAACCCACUACCCUGGCGUUACAAGUGCCAUGCUCUACCAAUUGAGCUACAGAGGACCACUUAUAGUGAGGCCCCAUUGGUUGGAGAUCACAUAGGUCAGCUCUCAUUGGUUGGAGAUCACAUAGGUCAGCUCUCAUUGGGGCAUGAGUUCCCAGAGGUAUAAUUUAGGCUACAUUUCCUCCAAGAUUUGUAAUGAUUUAGAAUACGUUUUUAUUACGAAUUAGACAGUGAGUUGUAACAGGGUUCAGCCCCAAGGCUUGUUGUUGAACCAGACUUCUGUAUGUGUUCAUUAAUCCCUUCUUCACUUCAAACAGAUUACUGUUGAGAUCCAAGAAUGAAGUGUCACUUCCAAGCUUGUGCCAUGUUCAGGUUAUAAAUAACCUCACUUAGAAAAUUAUGUUCUCUAUUUUAUUUUAUUUUCAGAUAGAAAUACCAUUUUCAAUGACCACAAAAUAACAUAAAGUAGUAACUAUUGUCACAUGGUACUUCACACAGAUACAUAGUCUAAGUAACAUAGCCUAUUGAUGAAAUAGAGUAGCCCUUUCACAACUUACCAGUUCAGUUAGUCAUUUCUGACCUUUGACCUGUGUGUAUCUGACCACUGAUCUUUGCAGCUGUGACCUGCCCUGACAUCGGCCACGCUGCAGUGGAUCAUGGGAGAUGGAGGCUGAUCUACGGGUCUCAGAGCCAGUACGACGCCAUGAUGAUGCUCAUCUGUGACCCCGGAUAUUACUACAAGGGUCAGAGGGUCAUCCGUUGCCAAGCCAACAGCACCUGGGACUACCCAGAGCCCCGGCCGGCCUGCGAGAGUGAGUCAGAAACUACAUCUCCCACAAUGCAUUGUAGAACAGUAAAAUCUGCAUUUUGCUCUCAACCAAGUUAUGCUUUAGUUGAUUUAGCUUGUUCACAAUUACAGAAUGAGAAAGACACAGUCAAUAAAAUACCAUGGAAAUCUUUAUCAAUGCUAAUUCACCUGACCAAGGCUUUCUUUACAGUGAGGGAAAUAAGUAUUUGAUCCCCUGCUGAUUUUGUACUUUUGCCAGUGGUGUAGUGGUGCCUGGAGAAGUGGGUAUACUCUAAUUUUGCCUGGAGAAGUGGGUAUACUCUAAUUUUGCCUGGAGAAGUGGGUAUACUCUAAUUUUGCCAAGAAAUGUCCAAAUGGCCCGCCCGGCGAAGGAAAGGCGCCCUGUGUGAAAAGUUCUAUGAAAAACAGUGACAUACACUCUGAAUGAGUCAGAAAUUCAAAGGUUUCAGAUUUUCCCCCAUUUUUUCAGGUUUUUGCUCUCACAGUUUUUUUUACAGAAGAAAAUCACAAUUGUAUAUUCUAAGUCCAUAACAAUGCUUGAACAACAUCAGGAGACCACUUUUGAAGAAAUUUUGAUUUUUGAGUGUAGUUGUCCUUUAAUUCAAGUGUGCAGGCACUUUUGUUUGGUUAGUGGUGUUUCUGUUGCACAUGAGAUGGAGUACGCAAAAAAAAAAAGGACACUAGAUUGAUACAAAUAAUCAUCAUAUCAUUCUGACAGGUAGGCAUAGGCUACUUUGUAGCUAGUUAACAUUUAAUAAAGGAGAUUUUUGGGAAAGCCUUUCCAUCUACCAGAAGACAGUUAGACCUAUCAUUAGCAGUGCUAUAUUUUUCCUGUUCCUUAAUUAUUUGACACCUGAACGUUUUACUUCAUUAUGUGAUGCAUGUCUUACCUAGCUUCAAAGUAGUAGCCUAUAGCCAAAAUCCCACCAUAGAAACGUGGAGGCAAUUAUUUUUAUAAAGACAUACUCAUUAUGCGUUCUCCUGUUCAACUUUCUUUCAUUGUCUAGCAGCCAAAGGCAUAGUCAUAUUAGCAACACAUUACAGUUGUUGCAUCUUUAAAUCCCACCUCUUUCUACAUUUCUAACGGAUAUUUCCAUCUCUGUCCAUGAAACCACUCGUAUGUGCGGUGCGCAUUUUUAGAACGGUGUUUAUUCCGCAAUCGCGUGUUAGAACGUUCACGCGUAGGCCUUCCGCCGUGUGCACAUUGCUGCGCGUAAAAUGUGGAGAAAUAAUAGUUUGUCAACAUUUUAAGCUAAACAUUCUGAUCAGUUCCAUCAGCCUUAUUAAUUGAGAUGGCGUAUACCUCCACCACACUACUUUGAUACACAUCAGUGGGGAUUAAGAAGUGAGUGUACGAAAUGCCCACUGAAAAAUAAGUGGGCAUACUGCGUAUACCUGCGUAUACCCUCCACUACACCACUGGGUAUACGCAAUGCUGACUGAAAAAUAAGUAGGUAUACGCCGUAUACCAGCGUAUACCCUGGACUACACCUCUGACUUUUGCCAACUGACAAAGACAUGAUCAGUCUAUAAUUUUAAUGGUAUGUUUAUUUGAACAGUGAGAGACAGAAUAACAACAACAAAAUCCAGGAAAACGCAUGUCAAAAAUGUUAUAAAUUGAUUUGCAUUUUAAUGAGGGAAAUAAGUAUUUGACCCCUCUGCAAAACAUGACUUAGUACUUGGUGGCAAAACCCUUGUUGGCAAUCACAGAGGACAGACGUUUCUUGUAGUUGGCCACCAGGUUUGCACACAUCUCAGGAGGGAUUUUGUCCCAAUCCUCUUUGCAGAUCUUCUCCAAGUCAUAAAGGUUUCGAGGCUGACAUUUGGCAACUCGAACCUUCACCUCCCUCCACAGAUUUUCUAUGGGAUUAAGGUCUGGAGACUGGCUAGGCCACUCCAGGACCUUAAUGUGCUUCUUCUUGAGCCACUCCUUUGUUGCCUUGGCCGUGUGUUUUGGGUCAUUGUCAUGCUGGAAUACCCAUCCACGACCCAUUUUCAAUGCCCUGGCUGAGGGAAGGAGGUUCUCACCCAAGAUUUGACGGUACAUGGCCCCGUCCAUCGUCCCUUUGAUGCGGUGAAGUUGUCUUAGCAGAAAAACACCCCCAAAGCAUAAUGUUUCCACCUCCAUGUUUGACGGUGGGGAUGGUGUUCUUGGGGUCAUAGGCAGCAUUCCUCCUCCUCCAAACACAGCAAGUUGAGUUGAUGCCAAAGAGCUCGAUUUUGGUCUCAUCUGACCACAACACUUUCACCCAGUUCUCCUCUGAAUCAUUCAGAUGUUCAUUGGCAAACUUCAGACGGGCCUGUAAAUGUGCUUUCUUGAGCAGGGGGACCUUGCGGGCGCUACAGGAUUUCAGUCCUUCACGGCAUAGUGUGUUACCCAUUUUUGUCUUGGUGACUAUGGUCCCAGCUGCCUUGAGAUCACUGACAAGAUCCUCCAGUGUAGUUCUGGGCUGAUUCCUCACCGUUCUCAUGAUCAUUGCAUCUCCACAAGGUGAGAACUUACAUGGAGCCCCAGGCCGAGGGAGAUUGACAGUUCUUUUGUGUUUCUUCCAUUUGCGAAUAAUCGCACCAACUGUUGUCAUCUUCUCACCAAGCUGCUUGGCGAUGGUCUUGUAGACCAUUCCAGCCUUGUGUAGGUCUACAAUCUUGUCCCUGACAUCCUUGGAGAGCUCUUUGGUCUUGGCCAUGGUGGAGAGUUUGGAAUCUGAUUGAUUGAUUGCUUCUGUGGACAGGUGUCUUUUAUACAGGUAACAAACUGAGAUUAGGAGCACUCCCUUAAAGAGUGUGCUCCUAAUCUCAGCUCGUUACCUGUAUAAAAGACACCUGGGAGCCAGAAAUCUUUCUGAUUGAGAGGGUGUCAAAUACUUAUUUCCCUCAUUAAAAUGCAAAUAAAUUUAUAAAAUUUUUGACAUGCGUUUUUCUGGAUUUUUUUGUUGUUAUUCUGUCUCUCACUCUACAAAUAAACCUACCAUUAAAAUUAUAGACUGAUCAUUUCUUUGUCAGUGGGCAAACGUACAAAAUCAGCAGGGGAUCAAAUAUUUUUUUCCCUCAAGUGUUCCUGUUAAGAGAGGAAGAGAGAAAUAUUAGCCUUGAUGAAUGCAGAGGAGAGAGAUAAAUAUUAGCCUUGAUGAAUGCAGAAGAGAGAGAGAAAUAUUAGCCUUGAUGAACGCAGAGGAGAGAGAGAAAGAUUAGCCUUGAUGAACGCAGAGGAGAGAGAGAAAGAUUAGCCUUGAUGAACGCAGAGGAGAGAGAGAAAGAUUAGCCUUGAUGAACGCAGAGGAGAGAGAGAAAGAUUAGCCUUGAUGAAUGCAGAGAGGAGAGAGAGAGAAAGAUUAGCAUUGAUGAAUGCAGAAGAGAGAGAGAGAAAGAUUAGCCUUAAUGAACCCCUUCUAGCUCAGUUGGUAGAGCAUGGCGCUUGCAACGCCAGGAUUGUGGGUUCCAUUCCCACGGGGGGCCAGUAUAAAAAAUGUAUGCACUCACUAACUGUAAGUCGCUCUGGAUAAGAGCGUCUGUUAAAUGACUAAAAUGUAAAUGAACGCAGAGAGGAAAACUUGAUCCAACAAAAUGGAUGACAUCAAAACAAUUACCGAAAUGAAAUAAACCAAGUUGAACAUAUUAAUAUGUUUUGUUUGUCUGUUAGGAUAAAUAAAUAAUAGAUCUAUCCUCUCCCUCUUCUGCUUGUCUCAUCUUGUUUCCUCUCCUCAGUAAUCUCCUGUGGGGACCUGGGUACUCCUCCGAAUGGGAAUAAGAUCGGGACUCUGACGGUGUUCGGAGCGACAGCCAUCUUUUCCUGUAACACAGGCUAUACUCUGGUGGGGUCCCGGGUCAGAGAGUGCAUGUCCAACGGCCUCUGGAGUGGAUCUCAGGUCCAGUGUCUCGGUAAGAGGACCAGAACCAGCUAGAAACAGUUACAACCAGAUUUAACCAGUUCAAUCCCGUGUUGUAUUUCAGCUACUCUGAACAUUGAGUUGAUUAAGCUAUUUUCACAAAGAACCAGAUCAUAGUGUUUGUUUACCAUUGUGUUUUAUGUGGCUAUAUGUAGGACCUAUUUAUGACAGACAGAAUAUAGCCUGUAUAGUAUAUAUACUAUAAUAUAGAUAGAAACUGUAUACAUAUGUGACUGUUUUUCUUUGUCUCUGUUCUGUUCUGUCCCUCCUCCCUAGCGGGUCACUGCGGUACCCCAGAGCCCAUAGUGAAUGGUCAGAUCAUAGGAGAGAACUACAACUACAGAGGUAGCGUGGUCUACCAGUGUAACCCAGGAUUCAGACUCAUCGGGGUGUCUGUACGCAUCUGUGAACAGGACCACCGCUGGUCCGGACGAACCCCUGUCUGUGUCCGUAAGUACACGGAGAUGGUGGCUUGAGAUGGGUUGAACAAUUCUGGGGCCUGUAGUCUUGGGUCUAUCUAUAGGGGUUGUAGUCUUGGGUCUACGUAAAGGGGUUGUAGUCUUGGGUCUACCAGUGGCUUCUACUGGCUAAGGUGGAAUCGCAUUGGAAAACAUAUGACUGAUGUGUUUUGGGGUAGUGUUGACAGUUUUUAAUAACUUCAGGCAUGUUCAUUGAUCGUGAUGGAUAAUGUGUGUCUUAUUUAUGUCCAUAGCGAUCACAUGUGGUCACCCGGGCAACCCUACCUUUGGCGUUACCCAGGGAACGCAGUUCAACCUGAACGAUAUUGUGCGCUUCGUGUGCAACUCCGGCUACGUCCUACAGGGGGCUGUGAAGUCUCACUGCCAGUCCAACGGACAGUGGAGCAACACCCUGCCCAAG